UGGGAGGAAAAAGCCGCCUGUGCUGUGUUUAAUGACAAGACGUUGGCUGAAUGUGUCCGCCAAUGGGACAAUAAUCCCCAAAGGCAGCAAACAGGGGGAGCGGGUGAGUGUUUCCACGCCGGAGGAUACUAUUCUCCGACCUCCGGGGGAUCCUGAGCGGGUUUGACAGCUGGAACCUCUCCGUUCAAGUAGAUGGUUGAAAUUCACCAAUCGGAGAGCUGCAUGUGUAAAACCACAGUAGUCAGCAAUGGAGCCCUGGCCUGCAGUGGCCUGGGUCCUACUGCUGACCAUUAUCCUGGAUCUGCAGAAGACCACCUACACCAGAGACUUCACUGACAAAGACAUCAUCUACCUCCACCCAUCAACCACUCCAUUUCCAGGUGGAUUCAAGUGUUUUACAUGUGAGGAUACACAAGACAACUUUGAGUGCAAUCGCUGGGCACCAGAUGUAUACUGCCCACGAGAGGCCAAAUACUGUUACACACGGCACACGAUGGACAGGGAUGGAGAGAGUGUGUCCGUCACCAAACGCUGUGUGGCUCUGGACGACUGUCUUUCCACAGGAUGCACUGAAAUGGACCAUGAAGGAAACACGGUAUGCACAUCCUGCUGUGAAGGAAACAUCUGUAACCUGUCGGUGCCAUGGAACCGAACAGAUGCCACGUUCACCACGUCAUCACCUCUCAGCAGUACUGUGGGCAUUUCACAGAGCUACACACUAACUCUUAUGCUCAUCUCUGGUUCUGUCGUCAGCUGCACUGGUAUUUAAAACAUGACGUCAGGUAACAGGAGGUAUAGUGGAAAGGGAAAGUUUUCCUCUGACAUAAAGCGGUUUGGACUGUCAGUCAGUCAUCUUCUGAACCACUUUAUCCUUACUAGGGUCGUGGGCUAACCAAUUAACCUAUCAGUGCAUGUCUUUGGACGGUGGGAGGAAGCCAGAGUACCCACACAGAACAUGCAGAGUCCACACAGAAAGGUCCCUGGUUGGAAUCGAACCCAGGACCUUCUUGAUGUGAGGCGACGGUGCUAUCCUCUGCACCACUGCCCAGCAAUUUGGACUGACUUUUUUUUUUUUUUUUUAAAUUAUGAAAUCAGAACAUGUAUGAUGUGAUGCAACAAAAAUUGUGACUGAGGUUGUACUUAAAUAUAGAAGCAUAAUAUUGGCUGUAUUAACUGAGCACUUACCACUGGACAUGUUUCAAUAGUAGCGUUCUUGCUGUGU